UGACACUUUGAGAGCUAACGUUAGCCAGUAUCGGUGGGAAAUCAUGGUUUAUUCUUAAUCAAAAACGUUUGUUCAUCUUAUAGCCACUGGCUGUUUGUUGAGUUGGUCCUGCUGAAGAUCUAAGCACAAUCCGCUAACAAAAUGUGGUUAACAUCAACUAUAGUUCGAGCGUGCUAUUAGCAAGCUAACGUUAACAUACAUGCUGGAGUAUAAGUGAGCUAGUUAGCUUAAUUACGCUAUGGUGCUUCUCACACAUUUGUUAUGCUUUUACUUCUUCUGAAUAAUUUGUGCGGCAUGGACACCGAGGGAAUCGUCAUCCGAAUCAAAACCUCACGCGGGGACAUGGACUCCUCUGUGGACAGUCCCUCUAUGCUGAGCUUUAAUGACUUACUGGUAGCUAUAAGGGAUGUCAUGCCAGAAGCCACAAUUACAGCAUUUGAAUAUGAAGAUGAGGUUGGUGAUCGAAUUACGGUCAGGAGUGACGAAGAAAUGAAAGCCAUGCUCUCAUAUUACUGCAAUACUGUGAUGGAGCAACGUGUCAAUGGACUGCUGCCUGAGCCACUGCAGAUCUUUCCUCGAGCCGGCAAGACUCCAGGGAUACGGAACAUACAUGGCCUGAAGGUGAACACGAGGCACGCAUCCGACAACAACCGCACCCCCUGCGCCGCCGAGACGCUGCCCAACAAUAGCUUAAAGAAGUCUUCAGCUGAGCUCAAGAAGAUCCUGACAAAUGGACAGAUAAAUGAGCAAGACAUACAGUAUCAGGAGCAGCUUGGCCACGGAAACGGAGGCACUGUGUACAAGGCUUACCAUGUCUUGGGCAAGAGGGUGUUAGCAGUGAAGGUCAUUCCUUUGGACAUCACUGUGGAACUACAGAAGCAAAUUAUGUCCGAGCUGGAAAUUCUCUACAAGUGCGACUCUCCGUACAUCAUCACAUUCUAUAGCGCCUUCUUCGUGGAGAACCGGAUCUCCAUCUGCACGGAGUUCAUGGACGGGGGUUCGCUGGAUGUGUACCGGCGGGUGCCAGAGCAUGUUUUGGGCCGGAUCGCAGUGGCCGUGGUCAAGGGACUUACAUACUUGUGGAGUCUAAAGAUUUUGCACAGAGAUGUCAAGCCAUCGAACAUGCUGGUCAACACAAGAGGACAAGUGAAGCUGUGCGACUUUGGAGUCAGCACGCAAUUGGUAAACUCCAUCGCUAAAACAUAUGUGGGAACGAAUGCCUACAUGGCUCCUGAGCGGAUAUCGGGGGAGCAGUACGGCAUCCACUCGGACGUCUGGAGUGUCGGCAUCUCAUUAAUGGAGUUAGCCCUGGGUACAUUCCCAUAUCCACAGGGAGAAGAACAUUUAAAGGGGAUUCCAGCCCCAACAACACAUCAUCCAGGCAAAGACCAAAUACAGUACAUCCAGAUCCAGAAGAACCAGGGCUCCCUGAUGCCUCUCCAGUUAUUGCAGUGCAUUGUUGAUGAGGACCCUCCUGUUCUUCCAAUGGGACAUUUCAGUGAGAAGUUCAUCCACUUCAUAACACAAUGUAUGAAGAAGCUUCCCAAAGAGCGCCCACCACCAAACAAUUUAAUGGACCAUGCCUUCGUGCAGCUCUAUGACGACGGGAACAUGGACGUGGUGUCCAUGUGGGUGUGCUGCUGCCUGGAGGAGAGGAGGAGCCAGCAGGCCCAGGCCCACAUGUCCUAAGGGCCACGGCGGGGCGCUCCUGUGGGAUUAUGGGAAGGAUUUCCCAGGACCCCCCCCCCCCCCCCCCCUGGAUCCACGAGGUGCAGAGGAGCCAAAGCACACAGAAAUCAGCCAACACUUCCCUUCCCAUCUGGCCAAGGCUGCGGCCAUUAUGAGAUUUUUUUUUGUUCCCGGUCAUGAACUUAGUCCUAACUUUUGGGCGUUCCGUAGAAAUUCACACCUCCUCUCCUCAUUGACACUGUGUGAUGGACUUCACUUCCAACCCCAACUCUAUGUAUUUGCCUGUUACAUUGAGCUCUGAGUUGAUUAGGAAACCCGAGAUCUUCUGUUGUUGUGGUUGUUCUUUUAUAAUUUUACUAACAUAACGUUUGAGGAAUGAGUACGCGUGUGCAGUUGACCCUAACGUCUUAAACGGAUGUAACCGUGUGAAGAUGAUUGGCUUUACGUUGUUUUUUUUUUCCGUGGGAAAGUGCCAUUUCAGGUGGACUCCAGACGCCUGAGCGACCGUGUUUUAUUGGUUGGCAGCUUUGCAGCGAGUGUUAGUGUUAGCUUUAGCAUUAGCGUGUGACUGUGAGCUGCGUGUAGCGCAGCGACACCUGUGGGCUUGAGUCCACUCUGUCUGCAGUGAAAGAUGUUAAGGGAGCGAUAGCCUCAAACCGCACUGCUUCUGUCAUUAGUAAACAAGUCAGCAAGAUUUGUUGAUCUAGCCCAUUUUACAACCAAAGUGCUUCACAGGGAGAGGAGCAUGGAAAGGACACUCCACCCCCCCAACUACACAUGACGCAUCCAGGCAGAGGCAGACACAAUGCAAAGUGAACACUCCACUCCUCCUCAGCUCCAUACCAGUUUAGUGGCUGCCAAACGCCAGUAGGAAUCAUUGGAUGAAAUAGCUCCACCGAGCUCAGUCAGGCAGGAGGACAGUCGUGGACACGAGUAUCCUGGUCUUUUUUUUUUUUUUUAAGAUUAUUUUUUGGGCUUUUUAUGCCUUUAAUGGACAGGACAGUAGAGAGAAUGACAGGAAGUGAGUGGGAGAGGGAGUCGGGGUGGGAUCCGGAAAGGACCACGGGGCGGGAAUCGAACCCGGGUCGCCGGCGUACGGUGAAGGUGCCCCAGCCAGUUGCGCCACUGCCGGGGCCACGAGUAUCCUGGUCUUGACUCUAAAACCCUCGACACAGCAGGAACGAGGUGCCACACGCGUUCCCCACUCAAGCCCAGCUGUGCCAGGAAACAGCCUCCGUGAGAUUAGGAAGGAGAGAUGUGGGGAAGAUCUCUGGACUACGGAGUCCAUUUGUGCUGCUCAGAUUACCUUGAGCUCCAGAAAAGACAUUGAGAUAAAUGACUGAAUCUAGUGUGAGAGAGAGAGUGUGUGUGUGUGAGUGUGUGUGUGUGUGUGUGAGUGUGAACGUGCUGGGUGCUCUGCAGUCCACCAUGAGGAACGGAUAGCGUUGAGUCGUGAGAUGGAUUGCUGAAGUCCUCUCAUGUUUAAGUGUGUGGCUCGAAUCCGUUUUGCUUCUGUAUGUUACGCACUGCCAUAUGACAUAUUUAAUGGCAUAAUAUUAUUUUAACUUUUUUUGCAGUAUUCUGUUUUUUUAAGUAAUCAUGAGUCAUAUACACAGUAAAGGACUUAUGUGAGAAAUUUAAAUGUAAAACUCUAUGUAAGCCCCCCUUUGCCACCUCAGUUGGUGACUUCACCACAAUGAAUUCAUGUUUUGGUUUGUCAGUAUUUUCAAUUCAAUUCAAUUAAACUGAGGUGUGUAAAUGGCCCAUAUGCUAAUAAUGUGCAUCUUGCUGUGCAGUACUGUUAGCGUUACAGAGUUACACUGAAACUCUACACAGAUCUUGCCUUAAUAAUAUAACUCCUUUGGUUUUGGGCAGUUGCCACCUUUUAACAGUACAAUUGCCCUAUGUCUAUUUCAAUCUGACACCCAUGUUAACACCCCUCCACUUUAGCCCAGAGGAUACUUACUGUGCACCUAUUCUUAAUCCAACUCCCUCAUGGUAGCACUAACUCUGAUCACUGACAGGCUUGCUGCCCUAUAGCCAUGAGGCCAAACCCCAAAGACGUUGAGGUGCAAGGUGUGCAUUUGUGAGACAGACUAGCUUCUGGACCAACUGCCAUAUUAUCAGAGCUAUUCAUCAAUAACUCUUCUGAAUCACUCCAGAUCAUUCCAAAGUAGGUCUAAUUUCUCAUGUGUAUACUCUCAACACUGAAAUGCAGCCAAAUGGGAGACAUUGGCCAAUCAAGCUUCGCAACUUUUAAUCUGAAUCCAGAAAUGAUCUGUUGAAAAUUGAAGCCUUCGGUUUUAUUUUACUAGAGCUCAUGCAACACAUUAGUGUCAACGAUACUGUACCUAUUCAAACCAAAGGGUUCAUUCUUAUGUGGGACAGUUGCUCUGUUGAAGGAUAACGGUUAGAGUUCUUAUAGGACCCAGAAGAUUUGCACAUCAUAGAACACAUUGUAUGUUUUAACACCUGCUUCAAUGUGUGGAUAAUGUCAAACCUCCCUGCUUUGCCAAUUUUCUGAAGAUUCAUUCUCAAAGCCAGAAACAAAAGAGGGCAUGAUUUAGAGUUUUUUUUUUUUUUUUUUUUUUACUUUCUAGCAAGGCAUAGAGGCAUUCCAUAUUUUUUUUUUUCAUCAGCAAUAAAAGAAAAAGCACUUUAUGGAAGUUUUUGCUAUGUAAUAAAAUACAGUUUGGUUAUAGCCUUACAUACCGAAAAUGUGAUAUUGUGAAGCAGCAUUGUUGCUCGAGUCAUAUGAUUUGUAAACCCUAAAAGUCCCAUUUGAAAUAAUCUGUUACAUAUGUCUUGUUGUAUCCCUUGGUUUUGUGGAGAUUUACCCCCAGAAGGCCAAAUGUCUCAAUCACAGCCUGUAUGUGACAGAUGUGACCCUGGAUGAUGUUCAGUUGAAUGUGUUUUCGUGGUCCAUUAUUGAAAAAUGAUAUCGGGUGCAAUACACAAAGCUAAUUGAUUACUGAAAGAAUGUUAAGAGAAUCCUGAGAUGCUCCUUUGAGUGACAUCCAUUAAUAAAUGCUUUUGCACACCUCUA